AUUAUAUUUUUAGAAAACCCAAUAUAUUGUGUUUAGAAUUCUCGUGCUGUUGAGUUGUAUUUGUAUUAGCGUUUCUAUAAAGUGUUAUUUUGUAAAGUAAAAAAAAUAAUAUCAAGCUCACCAUUUUUUGUAAUGAAGAUGACGUAUUUCUGGAUAAUAUAUUCGUGUUUGAUUUUUGGUACGUAAUACCAGUGAUCCGGCAUUUUGUGUGAUAGAAAACUCGAAAGACGCCAAGCUGCAUUAUCUUUAUUUCUGUUGGUGACUACAGUAUAAUUAAACAUUAUGUUAUUAUAAAAUGCGAAAAUUUAAAAAUAGUGGUGAUCAUAGUAAAAAAGUCAUAAUAAAAAUAAAAUCACCAUCAAACAAUAUACAACUAUAGAAACGCCGAAGAGAAGUUCAAUUGUUCAAAUGGAGUGUCGGUCGAAACGUCCAAGGUUUGUGAUGGUCGUGAGGAUUGUUCAGAUCAGAUGGUUCAGACGAGACCAAAGAGACGUGUGCUCGAAACGAGUAUGGAACAAAUAUGACAACGGGUAUAAAACGAUAGUUAGUUUGCAGUAGAGUAUAUACAAACCAAGGAAGAAUCCACAAUGGUCAAGAAGCACUUUUCGGACGGCACCUUGGCAUGCUGGAAUAUAUAAAUUCGUUAAAAACGUUUCCAAUUACGAAUUCCUUUGUGGUGAAUCAAGUAUUUCUUCAAAUUUAGUCAUUUCUGCGGCUCAAUGUUUUUGGUUAUGAUGAUAUCAGAUAUACAGAUAAUAGAAUAUUAAAUAACGACGGUCUGUACAAAGUUGGUGUUGGGAAAUAUGAUGGAAACGUUUCAAUUAUUGACAAUAACUUUACUCGACUAAUGGAUUUUCAGGACAAUAAGGAGCGGGUUACUGGAAUAAUGAUUUUCAUGGAUCCAAUAACUUCACUUACAGUUUUUACAGAAAUUAAGAACCGCAUAAAAUGGAUUCGUGAACUGUAUAACAAACAUAAAUAAUUGAUUAUAAUCUAUGCCAACCAUUUGCAAUGAAUGAGAAGACAUAUUCCAGAGUAGUACUAUACUUAAGUUUGAUUUUCGCAUCCGUCAUAAUGAGUUGUAUAUUGCUCGGAAGUGGACACGUUGGACACGCUGGAAGGGCAGGACACGCUGGACACGCUGGACACGCUGGACACGCUUCAUUUGUAAAUACCGAAGAGAAGUUCAAUUGUUCAAAUGGACUGUCGAUCAAAACGUCCAAUGUUUGUGAUGGUCGUAAGGAUUGUUCAGAUGGUUCAGACGAGUCCGAAGAGAUGUGUGCUCGAAAACUUUUCCAUGGAACAAACAUGACAAAUGGAACAAAAUAAUAGCUAUAUGACAUUAAAUAUUUUUUAUACGUUCUUGUAAAAUUUAUUAAGUGCAGUAAACGGAUAUGGCGAACCUAGA